AUGGUAAGCAUUAUCGGACAAAGGAAUCACAAGCAAGAGGAAAAGGUUCAAAUUCUCAAUCAGAAUGGAAUCGGAGUUGCAGAAGUGUAUGGUGGUAAUACGGUGAUGGGAAGCGGUGAUUUGGGAAUGAUAAGGAAGGAAUGGUGGGAGACUAGUCAAUUAAAGAAAAGGAAUGGACAAAAUAAGACUAUAACACCCCAACCAUCUAAGAUUUCUUCUCCACGACUCAUUGAGACACUUGACACUGUUAACUCUAGGCUGGCGGUUUGUUCUGAUGCAAUUGUGGAUUUGGACACAUUCGUACAUCAGAUGCGUCAAUAUGUUAUUCCAGUUAAAACUACACUCGACCCAACAAAACAUCAAGUGGUUGUGAUCAUGGAUUGUCCUACUAAAAAAUCAUGGGAUCAUGAUGAAAGAAUAAAUGAUUUUGAUCCAGAGGAGGAUCUAAUGAUCGAGAACAACAAUCUCAGUUCGAGUAGAAGUCCUAUUCCUGAGGAACCGAAAGCUAGAUGGCGAAGCCAUGGAUGA